AUGCACUACGACAAAUACGCCUUCACCAACAACAACGAAAUGACCAUCAAGACGAAAGAUCCCUACUACGAAAAUCUGAUUGGCCAGCGGAUGACCGCGAGCCCUCAAGAUAUUCAAAUGCUCGAUAUCAUACCAAAUCAAAACGGCAACUACCUCGCAUACAACAAGUACAACUGGAGCUGGGGCAUUCAAAACGUCGUCGGCGAGAACUACUUCUUUGCCUUGAUCUACGAUGUAUCUCUCUGCCCAGAAGACAUCAACGGCCCAGAACCAUGGAACGAGUGGACCGGUCAGCAAUGGUCUGCUGUUCCAGGCGCAAAAGCAGAAUGCAUCGAUUGGCUGACUGAGGAUGAGACUGUUCCGGAGAGCAUCAAAAUGCCAGAAAACGAAAAACUCGAGAGAGCUGAAGAAGCAAACGGACUGUGUCCAUCAGAUGAGGAUAAAUUUAUCUGGGAGAUUGACAACUGGAGCUUCGUACUAGCCACGAUUCCUCGAGGAACAGCACUGCGAAAGACCUUCGUCGAUCGAGAAGGUUACACUUUCGAAGCUUCAAUCUAUCCAAAUGGUGCGCUGACCGCCCCAGAUCACAUUUCCGUAUUCUUCGGCGUCGUCGAAGGUGAACAUGACGAUGAGCUCCCUUGGCCUCUCUACGGUAGAUACCUGACUAUGGGCCUUGUCGAACCCACCAAGACCUGUCGGGAUCGAAUGACGCACAAAAUGCAGUUCACUUCGGCCAAAUAUCUCAACGAUUACUACAAGCCAUCUGAAGUCGGCCCAACCACCUACGGCUGGAACACCUUUAUGAGCAAAGAAGAGUUCGCUGCGUAUGAUUUUGUUGACGAGCAAAAUGACAGCGUCAAGUUUGUCUUUUCCGCUGAAGAUGCAACAGGGCAAUAUUUGGAUUGUGACGUUGAAAAGCUUGGAGACUUCAGCAGAUGCUUUUAUCAUCCAGUUGAUAAUGAUCUGACAUUUGACAACAACGGAGUCAUUUCCGGCCGCGGAGUUGUCUCCACCAAAUCUCCACCAAUCAAAAUCUAUGGCAAACGUUGCCUCCAUGUCGAUCUAGAAACAACUGGCUCCGUCACUCUCAGCAUCCAGGGCGAAAACGUGUGGACAGGAGAAGAGUAUCAAUACCUCCUUGAGAAGCGAUUUUUCGAGGGCGACGAGCAUCAGCAUUUUGAUGUCGAGCUCGGCCACGAUGAUGAUUUCUCCGUUGGAUAUCUUCAAUACAUCAAGUUGGAAAUCAUCAAUCACGACAAUGUCGAGACGAAACUUAUUCAAACCAAUUUUGAGCAUGACGACUGCGAGCAUGAUCACGACCAUCAUCUUUAG